UCGAGAGAUAUUCGACAAUGCCCGAGCCAGCGAAGUCCGCGCCCAAGAAGGGAUCCAAGAAAGCCGUGACUAAGACGGCAGGAAAGGGAGGAAAGAAGCGCAGAAAGACCAGGAAGGAGAGCUAUGCCAUCUACGUGUACAAGGUCUUGAAGCAGGUCCACCCUGACACCGGUAUCUCCUCCAAGGCGAUGGGCAUCAUGAAUUCGUUCGUGAACGACAUCUUCGAGCGCAUCGCUGGAGAGGCUUCCCGCUUGGCUCACUACAACAAGAGGUCCACCAUCACCUCCAGGGAGAUCCAGACCGCAGUGCGUCUGCUUCUGCCCGGUGAGCUGGCCAAGCACGCCGUGUCCGAGGGAACUAAGGCCGUUACUAAAUACACCAGCUCCAAGUAAUUGAUUGACUAAUUGACUUGAAAACAAAGGCUCUUUUAAGAGCCGCCCAUCUGUUCUUUGAAAGCUGUUCCAAUGAAAGAUGUGCAGACCGAC